AUGUCCGCCGCGCUGGGAACAUGGUUUCUCGGUGAUUAUCGCAUGGUGACCACGGCUUGGGACCGGCCGGUCCUGUACCACCGUCGAGGCGAAGGCCCUGGGGGUGCCCGGCGUCGCGGGGCCCCGCCCGUGGUGACGGCCGAGCCCAUCGGCACGCCAUUCCUCGGUGAUGCCGAGCGGCUGCGCUGCCUGCGCAUGUCCUCCGACGGGGGGCUGGUCUUCGCGGUGCACAGCUCGGCCUCCGGGCGUCCGAUCGAUGUCUUCUGCUCGAUCCCCGAGGCGGCCACACACCCGGACCAGGGCUCCGGCUGGCCGGACGCCGGGCAGGUGCCCUAUACAUGGGCCGCCUCGCUCGGGCGCCCUGGGUCUGCCGGCCUCGGGAGCGCCCCUCUUGGUGGCGGCAAGUAUGCCGUGGAUUUGGCCUUCAAUUCGACGCACGCGAUGACCGCCAACUCGGACGGCACGCUGCAGCUCUUUUCCCUGGGGCAUGUGGCCGAGGCCCUGGCCGGGGCCACCUUCGAGGAGCUCUUCCCCCGGCGGUCGCCGCUCCUGUCCCUGGCCGAUCCGUUGGCCGUGUUCGGGGGCCACCCGGCCAGCGAUCCGGCGGCCGUGCCCUUCUGCCUGCAAUUCGACCGCGAUCGAGUCCUCUCCGGGGACAACCAGGGUGCCCUGCUGGUGCAUGAUUUGGCCACCGGGCUGGUGCGCGACCGGAUUGCCAUCUUCGGCUCGGGGCCUGGUCUGGCGGAUCCGACCCUGCGCGGCGUGGUGCCGGGGGUGGUGUGCUUGCAGGCAGAUGACCGCCUGGUGGCGGCCGGGUGUGGGGAUGGCCGGAUUCGGCUCUUCGACACUCGAGCUCGGACGCGGAAUUCCCUGGCCGCCACGUUGCUCUGCCUGCCGCCGGGCCUGCUGCCGCUGGUGACCGGCGGCCCGCCGGCCGCCGACUCGCCCUUUGGCUUCCUCAGCCGACCGGUGCUGUCGCGUCUGUCGGCUCCUGCCACCGGGCCCGGUGGUGCGAGCAGCACCGCCGCCGGGGCAGCCCGCUGGGGCCCCUCCUUCCUGCGUCUGGGCAUCAACAGCCUGCUCAUGAGCGCGCAGACCCUGAUGACCGGCAGCUCGGACGGCGUGUGCCGGGUGUUUGACCUGCGCGUGUUGACCGACCCGUCGGAUGGGGGCAUCAGCUCCUCCGGCGGGGGCGCCGGCAUGUCACCGGUCCCGGUCGGCCCGGGGGGCGAGGGCUGUCCCUCGGGGCCGACGGCCGGGCCGGCCUUUCGCGAUCGGGCCUGCCUGCAUGAGCUUGUCGGCCAUACGGCCGAUGUGUCGGCCCUGCACGACGCUCUUCCGAUCUUGACCGACCCGUCGGAUGGGGGCAUCAGCUCCUCCGGCGGGGGCGCCGGCAUGUCACCGGUCCCGGUCGGCCCGGGGGGCGAGGGCUGUCCCUCGGGGCCGACGGCCGGGCCGGCCUUUCGCGAUCGGGCCUGCCUGCAUGAGCUUGUCGGCCAUACGGCCGAUGUGUCGGCCCUGCACUUUGUCGAGCUCGAGGGGGUUGGCGCCAAGCGGGCACUUACUGGCAGCGCGGACAGCACCAUCCGCGCGUGGUGCCUGGCCACCGGGCGCCUGGAGCGGACGUUCGCCGCCCACCGGGGCCCGGUGGCCGCGGUGGCGUGCGACGAAAAUGGCACCUUCAUCAGCUGCGGCCAGGCUCCGGGCGAUCGGUCCAUCCGCCGAGAUCGGAAGAGCACACGUACUGGCAGCGCGGACAGCACCAUCCGCGCGUGGUGCCUGGCCACCGGGCGCCUGGAGCGGACGUUCGCCGCCCACCGGGGCCCGGUGGCCGCGGUGGCGUGCGACGAAAAUGGCACCUUCAUCAGCUGCGGCCAGGCUCCGGGCGAUCGGUCCAUCCGCCGGUGGGCCUUCCGCAAUGACCCCACCCGGCAGUCGCGGGUGGUUUGGCGAAGCUCCUACGAUGUCGGGGCCAUGGUCCGCCAAGGGCACAGCAUCUCCGAGGAUCUGGCCGUGCAGGCGGCCGAUCGCCAGGCCACCGGCAUGUGUGGCUUGGCCAUGGCCACCGGCACUCCGGUGAGCCCGCUCUUCGGCACGAUCUCCCUCCGGUCGCCGCGGAUUUUGUCGGCCGCCGCUGCGGCCGCUGCCGCAGCGGCCGCAGCCGUCACUCCGAAUGGCCGGUCACACUCGUCGGCCCCCCUGGCCGGGGGGGAGGAUAUGCUGGCGGCUGCGGCGGCCGCGGCCGUGGCCGCCGCCGGUGGCAGCCCCUCCUCCUCGGCUCUGAGCAGCCCGCGUGGCGGGGUGGCCCGGCGUCGUCCGCCCGGUGAUCGCAUGGGUCCCGGGCAUGGCCUGGCCCUGGGCGGCCCCGGUGCCGGUCCCGGCAGCGGACGUAGCUGCGGGGUCGCGGCACGCGCCGGCGGGCUGGACGACCUUCCCCGGUCGGUGUCCCUGGAUUCGGUGCUGCUUCCGAGUGUUUGUUCCGGCACCCGGGGCUCGGAGCUGCUGAUGGCCGGGGGCACACGCACCGGGGCAACCCCGCUCCCGAUGGAACGGUCUGGCCCGCGCCCGCGUGCGGCUUCCAAGCUGCGCAACUCCUCCAGCCGGGCGGACAGCCGCAGCCCUGUGGCUGGCGCUUCGCCGGUGCCUCCCCCGAUGACGUCGGUGGCCAGCAGCGGCGCUGGCAGCCUCGGCGAUGGCGGGGUUCCCAUGCUGGCGAGCACGACGGCCACAUGCCGCAUCGCCGUCGACAGCAGUCCGGCCUUCGGGGGGGGCCGCACCCACCAGGCGCCCCACUUGAAUGCCCAGUCCAUGAUGGACCUUCGGGUGUUGGCCUCGCUGGGCCAAUCGGACGGCUGCAUCGGCUCCAUGCCGACGUCGGCCAUGCAUGCGACCGGCGGGGCCGCCGGCGCCGGCCAGGAGACGGCCCUCCUGCCUCCGGGACAGCGGUCCUGGAGUUCGAGCUCGCUCUUCCAGCCGGGCUCUCAGAUUGCCGUUCCGGUUGGCGACCCGUCCUCCGGGGCGAUGGCCGGCAUGGACUACUUCCAGCCGCUACAGUCGAGCAGCUUCGCCGAUCUGCCCUCCGCGACCGAGCCGCCCUCGCGCUCGGACUCGUGUGCCUCGCUGCGCAUGAAGUUCUCGCAGCUGGGGCACCUGAAGUCCGAGCCAUCCUCCUCGGUCGGGUCUCCGGUGGGCCCCCUUUCCCCCCGCAGCGGCCGGCCCCUGAGCGUGCACCAGCCAAUGGGUGGCGACCAGGGCUUGGGGCCUGCGUUCGCCGGCGCGCCGCUCCACCAGCAGCAGUCUCUGCAUCAUCAUCAUCACCACCACCACCUAAACCAACAGCAGCAGCAGCAGCAGCAGCAGCAGCAGCAGCAGCAGCAGCAGCAAAGCCCCUUCCGAAACCACGCUCCCGGGGACGCUUUGACAGGGCCUAGCCCGGUAAAUGCCUCGUGUGGGCUGACUGCCGGGACAUUCCGGCGCGCGCCGGUCGUCCCGGCGACUCCCGGCUUGACUACCGGCCCGAGCCGUAGCAGCAGUAUGUUCCAUCCUACCUCCUCCUCGCUGGGGGCAGAAUCACCCGAGCACUUGUGAGUGUGGGCCGUGCGCUGGGUCUCAGGGGUGGAGAGAGUGCCGGCACGCGAACGAGUGCGCAUUCUCCGAUCUUCGCUUUGAGGAGACGCCUAUCAUUACCAGCACAGUUCUGUCGACCGAUGCCUCCUGCUCGUCCCUGUCCGCGGUUGCAGGCCUGUCGACCUCCUUCUCCGGGGACCUGUUCUUCUCGGAGACCGAUGAUGCGUCGGUGAUCGGUGGUGGUGGUGGUGGCGGCGGUGGCGGCGGCGGCGGCGGCGGCCAUGGCGGCUCGAGUAGUGGGAAUGUAGCGUCCUUGAUGAUGAUGUCCCAGUCCGGGAAUCAACAUCCAGCCAUGUCCUCACCGCUUGUCGUCCAUCCGCUGGCGCAGCAGCAGCCAUUCGCCACAUCUCCCCCGGCGAGAGGGGGCCAUUGGUGAGAGAGGUGGCCCGGCCCUUGGAGAGAUCGAGGUGCUAUCAUCGAUCCCAUCUCCUUCAUGUCUCUCUCUCUCUCUCUCUCUC